CUUGCAAGAAUCGCGACGAGUUGACCGUUGCCAAGUGUGAAGGAGGCCUUGCAAUCGGUCGAGCAACUCCGUGCCAGCUUGAAGUGGGAGGAACCUGACGUAGUAUUAUUUCUUUCGUCCUCUUUGGCGUUUAGGUUUACUCCAAAAUAGUGAUGAGAAAUGAGAGACUUUAAAUGGCUGUGUAAUUCCUUAUAAAAACACGUGUUCAAACGCACGUGUUCACUGAUUGUUCUUUAAAUAUCACACGUGUUUUCUUCAAUGUUUUUUUUUUAUUGCUAACUAUUUUGCCUAUUAUUGUUUGGCCAAUUUUUCUUAUCUAUCUUUCGUGAGGUUUAUUUAUAUGAUAACAUAUCUGAGUGAAAUGAGUGUAAUCAAAAUGCUUUCAAUUAAAUUACAAUUGAUAAAUAAUCAUGAAAACAGAAAUUAAUAAACAAAAUCUUAAAGUUUGUCAGUAUGGAAAUGCAAGCAAGUAAAAUAUCUAUCUGUUUGCGCCUGCGCUGGUGGCACAUUUCAACGAGGGCGUUAAAAAAACAGCACCGGCACAUGAAGAAAAAGAAUUGGGAAAAAAGAGAAAGAGACGGUAUAUUUUGCUCACGUCGCAUUACAUCGCGUCACGUCUUGUAAGUCGUCACGUGACAAAGUAGAUGUAGCAUCAUGUGAUGCACCAGCAAAUUCGUUGUUAUAUACUAUUUCUCAUCAACAAUCCUCUUUAAAUUGCUCCACUUGUUACGUUGUGAUCGUACGGUAAGAGACAGAUCGUCUCGUAAUCGAAUUUAAAUCCGAUCAUUGAGUAAAGAAACGCUGACGUCAAGAUGAGUAUUGAGACACUUUUGGAAGCGGCACGUUAUGUUGAACAGCAAGAAAAGAGUGGAGAACGUGCAGUCAGCACAUCUUCCUCUUCUGAUCAUUCAUUUGCUGUUGCACCAUAUUCUAACCAUUACAAUUCAAGUGAGCCACGUGGUGCUAAAAUGAAGAGAGAAAGAGUGGAACCAGAUGACCUGUUUUGCGAGGAGAAAAUGCUUAUAAUUGACGAGGAGGAACCACUCGAGAGUAAUAGAGCAAAUGGUAAUCACUCCAUAGGAUUAAGAGGAAGUCCUGUGAUUGCUAAUGCUCGAGGAACAUUGACCAACCCUAAUUCUACGGCAUCGGCUCAUGUAACAUCUCAGCAUCAUCACAUACAUCAUUAUCACCCACAAUCAGUUCAUCAACAUCACAAUAAUCACAAUAGUAGUACGCACAAUCAUUAUGUAGAAAAUUAUAACUCAAAUCACACACCAACUGGUAGCAGCGGGGGAGGACCUCUUGUUGUUGACGUUGAAACAACACAUGACAAUAAAAAACACCGAAAUGGGCCGUGUGUCAUCAGAUCGGGAACGAGAGAAGUGCAUAAUAAACUGGAGAAAAAUAGAAGGGCACAUUUGAAAGAAUGUUUUGAAUUACUCAAGAAGCAGUUACCUGCCCAAGAUGAAAAAAAGUCAUCAAAUUUAUCUAUUCUUCAUGCAGCUAUUAGGCAUAUCCAGGCAUUGAGAAGAAAGGAAAGAGAUUAUGAACAUGAAAUGGAAAAAUUAGCAAGAGAAAAAAUUGCUUCCCAACAAAGAGUAGCUGUAUUGAAAAGAGAGUUGUCUGCUACAUGGGAUCACAUUGAUUUUAGUACACUUUUACAAGAACAAACUCCUCCCGAUCCAUUGGCUAUAAAGAAUGUUUCAGAAAGUAUGGAUGUUGAUUUAACUGGAUUAGCACGGAGUGGUCCACGAUACAGUAGCACAAGCAGUCUUAGUAGUGCAGCAACAGCAAAUUCUCCUCAAAACUUCCAAUCAACAAACACAACUUCGUCUAUUCAAAGUCAAGUAGCUACAGCGGCGGUAGUAUGUCAAACUCAAGGGUUGAAUCUUGCACAAAGCUCACGAGAAAGUCCUCCUGCAAGUUCUAGCCCUGGAGCUUCAACACCAAGCAUUCCGACUCCUGCACAGGAAAAAGUUACAACUUCUCCGGCUGUUGUUCAACAGUCUCAUCAACUUCAUUUACCAAUAAGUGCUCAGAUGUUGAAUACGAGUCAGGGUUUAGCUACAAUAGUACCAACUCUUCAACAUCUUGGUACAGGCCUUCGAGUGAUUCCUGGUGACACAAGGCAAUUAUUAGUCACUCACACAACGGGAAAUACUGAAUCUCGACCGCUAACUCUUGCAGUGCAAAAUUCGAACGAUCAAUCACGGCCACUUAUUGCCGUACAAUCGAGUACUGGAUCUGAGCCAAGACCAGUAGCUUUAGUAGUUCAUUCCUCGGCAGCUAAUGAUAAUAGAGUUACGUUUGUGCAUUCAUCAAAUUUGUCAAAUCAAGAGCGACCACUUGCUUUAGCAGUUCAAUCAUCCAGCAAUGAUAGACCAAUAACGUUCGUACAUUCAGGAAAUGAGGGAAGACCACUAGUAUUAGCAACUCAUCCUCCGCCGCUCAAUGUUACGACUGCUCAAACAAGAAUAAGAUCAGGGGACAGUCAAACAACUCAUAAAAUGGUUGGAGGGGUAGCUUUGGUUAGCGGUAAUGGUUCUGAACUCACCAGACUUCCUGGAGGCGCAGAAUUGAAUAUUCUUCCUGCAAAUGGUGUGUUCCGUUCUGUGAAGGCACAACCUAUUGCUGUUCAAGGAGGACUAACUCUGAGCCAUGCCGGUGUGUCUUUGCAAACGUCAACUGGAAAAACUAACUCGACUGUUAUGCAAAACACUCCGUCCACAGAAAGCAUCACCCAUAUUGUUAGUCAACAUACGCCCCUUUCUGGAUUGACACCAAUAGUAACUCCAAUGACUGUUGUUUCUCAAGGGAAUCAAGUCACAGCCCACAUUUUAGCGCCUUCAAAUCUUGCUGGAAAAAUGAUAACAACUCCGAUACUCAAGCCAGUCGGGCAAGUACCAUUAGUUAAUGCUCAGUAUCUAAAUACAACGACACUUGUUAAACCUGUGGUGGUUGUUAGUUCUCCAUCUAACACAACAACAGCUUCUACUGUGACUUCCAGUUCACAACCUUCCGUCACUUCGAAUUCUAGUGUCUGACAAAAUCGACGAAAAACUAAAUUGGUCUGAGAUAUACAAAUAAUACGAGUAUUUUGGAAUUUUAUGUUUGGUAUUUUAAUAUUCCGCGAAACAGUUGUAUGCAUGCGUAUAUUUAUCGUGAUUUAAUGUUUAUUAUAAUGAUGAUAUCGUCGUCUUUCAAAAUUUUAAUAUCUAAGGAAUUACUACUGAAAAUAAAUUCUUAUAUCUCUUUCUCUUUCGCAAAAUACGUCCGAUUGAAGCCGUCAAAUAUUUUUUUCGUAUCUAUGCACAAUUAUUUAUAAAUAUUACUUUAUUUGUUUUGUACUCUAGUACUCUAGUGAAAAUACUAAAAAAUUUAUUUAUUCAUCAUAAUAAUGUCUGAACAAUUAAUUAGCUGUUAAUGAUUUAAUUUUUAGUAAUAAUUUUUUUUAACUAUACAUAUUUAAAAUAUACGAUAAAACCACUAUUUAAGUCUACUCGAAAAAACAUUAAAUAUCAGUGCUUGAAAUUUUUUCAAUCGUUAUAUCACUAAUAAAUUAUUUAUCUUUUUAACAAUAGCCCAACACAUUGAUUUGUUA